AUGUCCGCAGACCUUGCCGACACGUGUAUCGUAUGUCUCGGUGACCUCCGGGCCUCGUUGCCUGAAGAUCCGCCACCGCCUGUAGCUGUAGCUGUAGCUGCCGAUGCCGAUGAUGCCAGCAACGGCGUCGACGCCAAGAAAAUAGCUACAGCUCAAGAUGCUGCUCUCAAUCCACAAAGCAUUCAAACCGACGACGAAGCGAUAGCACAUUUACUCCCUUGCAAGCACGACUUACACAAUUCGUGCCUCAAGCCAUGGGUCGAACGAGCGAACAGUUGUCCAAUAUGCCGGACCACAUUCAACAUGGUCGAGAUCAGCCGCACAGUCGGUGGCCCUGUCGUGGACAGCUACCCGGUCCGUGACAAGGCGCAAGAAGCGGAAAUCGAUCCUCGAAUGAUUGUUGAUGACGAGCUGUUCGCGAUUGAGGCAUGGGAGCCAUGCUUGAUAUGUGGUACCAACGACGAAGGUCAUGGAGCCAUGUACUGCGACGGCUGCGACGGGACGGUUCAUAUCUUCUGUGCGGGCUUCGAUGAUGCCCCUGAUGUUUGGUAUUGUGAGACUUGUUUGGUAGACUUGGAGAAUGACACGUCGCUGCCAGGCWUGGCUGACGCUGUACGGAGACGAAACCGGCGGCCUGGUGGCGCUCGUCCGAGUGCUCGAGGACCCGCCCAACGCCGCCGUCGUCGUCCGAAUGACGCUAACUGGGCACGCGUGUGGCAACAGGUCACACGCCGGCUCGACGCGGACCUGGAACAUGCCUUCGACGAGGCCACCACUGCUGCUGUUGACGAGCGUACYGAGGAGCAACGGCGCGAAUUUCAACGCUGGCAGCGCCGGUUUGAGCUCGCCAGCAACCAUUCCGGAGCCACACACCGCCUUCGCAACAUCGCACAGGGCCACAUCACGCCGGAAGCAUUGCCACCAGUCCCCGAGUCACAGGAGGAACUGAGCGCGUGGAACGCUUUCGACAGAGCGCGGGAGUCCAGUGAGGCUCCUCUGACUGUGCGACGUCGCAAACGCAGAGCUACGGCUUCGCCCACGUCAAACAAUGGGGUUGAAUCGACCGAGCAGCCUCAGCUGAAGAAGCCGCGUCUGCGUCGUCCGCCUGCUGCUCCUGGCCAGCCAGAAUCUUCUGUUGCUGCCGCUGCACGGAAGGAGCCCACCUUUCUCUCGUCCUUGUUGCGCGAGGUGGAAGGGCGAGAGACUUCCGCCACAUCCCCAGCUACAUCUGAACAUUUCCACGCCGGCGCGCUCUCUCCUCGAAAUUCGUCACCCGCGCGUUCGCCUUCUUCAUCGGAAUGCGGCAGUCCUCACGCUACACCACCKCCGCAGCGUCCUCUCUCGCCUCCUCUUUCCUCGACGAUUUUGCCUUUCACAUCUCCCAUAGCGGCAACGUUCUCUCCCUUCUCACCUGCCGAGACUCGGGAGGACUACGAACCAGACGGCCUCCUCAGCCGAGGUCGACGGCGUCGUCUAGCUCAACAACCCAAUUGCCGCGAAGACCGUGCAUCAUCAAACUCCCCCUCGCGAUCCCUUUCAUAUUCUGCAAAGGAAGAACUACAGCGGAUGGUUAAACUUGCGCUUGGAACACGCUAUCGAGAUAAAGAAAUCACCAAGGACCAAUACACUGACAUCAAUAAGAAUGUAUCCCGGAAGUUGUACGAUCUAGUACAGGACGCGAGCGCACUUGCAGGCAAGGAGCAGAGAGAGCGCUGGCAGAAUGUUGCCGACGAGGAAGUACGGAAGGCUGUCAGUGACAUAUCCUCUGGUAGUGAUUCGUGA